AUGGAAGCCACAUCCAGCGCUCCUGGGAAUAUCCAGAAGAGCCACAAUAUCCAUUCUCCUGCAGGCGAAGGCCUCGCAGACCAGGCUGAUCUCUAUCCUUCCAAAAAUAUCCACAACAGACACACCUCUAAUCCACCUCCAGGUGAGCGCCUUGAAGAACAGGCUGCCUCAUGUACUCCCGGAGAAAAACAAAAACAUGAUCGGACCAGCAUACCAGGUAAGUACAACACCUCCCAAUACAACACGUGUACUACGGAGCGAUCGCUAACUCGAGAAUCAGAUCUUGUCGAAGAAGGGAGCAACAUCCAAGCGGGGCAGACAGAGACGAGCACAAACCUUAAGCCGUCCAAGCAGUUCACAGACACUCGCAAGGCAUCGCGGCCUGAACCGACUAUACAACCAGCAGACAGCAACCUCGAGCUCGAACAGAGCAACACCAACGACGAGGAAAGCCAGUCGGACAGCGAAGUUCCAAUCACUACUGCGAUACAAGCCGGCGAAGAGCUCAGCCUGAUGCCUACAACAAAGUCCCUUUCGAAGAAGGCGAAGAUAAAGAGAAUGAAGAAGAGCCGUAAGAGGAGAUUCCGAGGCAAGAAACAUCGCUCUUCAAACACCUCGCAGGACACUGCUUCUCAGUCUGAUGCAGAGACAGACGAAGACAGCGAAGACGACGAGGCGGUGGACUCUUCACUGGCUUCCCAAGUCCAGUUCGAGACCACCCAUCUAAACUCAACGUCUGAAGCAUCUCCUGAGCUAGCAUCUGCCACCAAGAAAAGCAAAGGCAGGCAGCGCACUUCGAACAUUCUCAUCCCGGUUCUGCAAAAGUCAUCAACUGCAACCAAGGGACCAUCUUCGCCAUCCGAUACCAAAAUUGUCCAACAAGGACAAGGUCUGGUCCGUGAGGACCCCGAGACGACAACUACACCCACACUGACGGCGGCACCAGAAGAAGCCACGCCAUCGUCAACCACCACAGUACUGGCCACCCACAGUGAUGGCGCUCCGACAUGCAGUCCAUCCACGGGCAUGGGACUUAGCCCAGACAAACCCAACCCAGCAGGCGGAGACCAGAUAAUCCAAAUGCCGCCGGGCUUUGUCUGGGAGCUGACGCAAGUCAGCUUCCCAUGCGCCAAGAUGGAUUGCCGUCCUGUGGGAUGGUCGGUCGGUGAUCUGCCCGAAGUGUGGGCCGUACUCCCUGAUCCGCUACUGCGGAAGGGAUCACCUCCGAGACGACGUGUCGCAGCACUGGAACGACUGCGACAAAUACUCGUUUCAGCAUCCCUGCGUGCCGGGGUCUGUUCCACCGGAAGUUUUGAGCGGACCACCUCAACUUCCAUGCCGCCACCGGUGGGACAGCCCUGA